AAAAAAUUGUCCGUUAGCAAUAGGAAAAGCGUAAGAUAUACUGGCUGAGUGUUAGAUAGGGUUUUCGUAGUCCGUAUUAAUUCAGCGAAGUUUGGUUUUACAUUCAAGGAAAUGGCACACAAGCAGAUCUAUUACUCUGACAAAUACAACGAUGAGCAUUAUGAAUACAGACAUGUCGUGUUACCCCGGGAACUGGCGAAACAAGUGCCAAAAUCACACCUAAUGUCGGAGGAGGAGUGGCGAAGACUUGGAGUGCAGCAGAGUCUUGGAUGGGUGCACUAUAUGAUCCACGAUCCUGAACCACACAUCCUCCUGUUUAGGAGACCGCUUCCGAAACAGUAAUGUGAACUUCUGGAAACUUCUGGGACAUUCAUGUUUGUUAAUCGGGUAUUCAGUGAAUACUUGUAAGACUACAAAAUCUACAUCUAUGCGAGCUGUAUUCUUCACAGCAACUAAGUUUAGCCAAAGUACAGAGCAUUGGAGGCUCGACGUCAGGAAAUAAGUUAAAUGGGGUUGUUUUUAAAGCUUCAGCUUUGCUCUUAAGUGCCUCAUUCAGUGAUCAGUGGAUUUCUGUUAGUGGUGGCAGUUAUGGUAUGUAUCAGAGUGGAUUACUGUGAACGCAUUACCAUAAUAUAGUGCUGAAAGCUAUAUAACCACUCCUAGAGGUAGUGUUACAUGAUUUCACUGGUGUCGGUUUGUAGCACUGACAGGAAACAAUGGUUAAAUGCAUCUUUGGAACUUGGGAAUAAUUGGCCUUUUUAAAAUUGUAUUUUGUGUAUCGCCCACAUCUUGUGCAUGGCAUUUAUCUUGCUGUUCACGACUGUAAUUACAUACUCUUUGGUGUGAGAUAUAAAAUGUAAAUAAAAGCUAUCAACAAAUCAAGAA